CCUAAAAAACAAGCAUGAAGUAAAACAGAUUGCAACUGAUGCUCGCUUAAGAAUGAAAUGUGAGGAUGAACAGACGAUUUCUUUAACAGGUUUGCACAGCAAAGUUAAUCAAACAAGCAUAAUUCUCAAAGAGCUCAUUAACGAGUUUACUGAAGAAGAGAAAAGACUUCAACAACUGAAAUACUUGUCAGAAAAUGUUCAAUGGAAUUUCUAUGAUGUACAUAAUAAUGUUAUACUUUACAAUAAAGAAUUGAGCAGUAUACUUGAAAUUGCUCACAUGAAUGGUGAACAAACUACAGAGUUUACAGAAUCAGAUGGACAAGUUUUCAAUGUCGAUUUUGCACAAAUGGAAGCUAUCAAUAGAAGAACGGGUGAAAAAAAGACAUUGUUGAGGAAGAUGAUGGCGGAUGUUUCACUGCCAUCAAAUUGGUCACCGCCACGUACACCAAAUCAAGUUGUUCAUCUUGCCAGAGUAAUACAAUCCUCUCCUGAAUACAUGGAGGUAAAAAACUAUUUCGUAGCUCAUGGAGGAAGAGCUGAUCAAAUCGACAUGAUUGAAAGGAUACAGAACCCCGGUCUUUAUUGUCUGUACCAGUCCUUCAAGAAGAAGAUGCAUGGUGCUGUAAAUGAAAUGCGUCUUUUUCACGGCACUAAUCCGAACAAUGUUCUACCAAUAUACACAAAUAACUUCAGCCGUAGCUUUGCUGGAUUAAAUGGAGUAUUGUAUGGAAACGGAGUGUAUUUUGCAAGAGAUGCAUCAUAUUCUCUCAGGUACUCCCUUGAUCAGUGUUCUGGAUCACGAGCAAAGAUGUUCAUCGCCAAAGUUCUUGUUGGAAGUUACACAUUGGGUCAAAAAGGACUAAAGGCACCGCCAUCGAGAAAUGAUCCCAGUAAUCCAGGUCUACUUUAUGAUUCUGUAGUGGAUAAUCAGGGAAACCCAACUAUAUUCGUCAUUUUCCAAGAUAACCAGUGCUAUCCCGAGUAUCUUAUAACAUUAAAUAAACAAUAG